AUUCCUUUGGAUUCACUCAAACGGCACCGUUUCCCUCUCCCCUGUCACUCUGUAGUCUGUACUUGUUGUUACUCUUUCUCUCUCUUAUUACUCCGCCCCGCAUUUCUAGCGUGUUUUCCGUUCGACACAGAUUCUCCGAUCUUCUCUCCGUCUCUGGCGACCUCUCCGAACUCUUCUGCUUACAUUGCAAAUAGAGCAGGGCUAGGGUUCUUCCAGUCCAUGGCAUUGUCGUGAACGGAAAUGGAGGCAACUUCGAGUGCUGUAUCCGCGCCGCCGUUCAAGCCUAAAGCGAGGAGAGCUGAUGCUUUCCCUCUUUCGGGGUCUGUGGAGUUCCGGCGGUUGGUUGGACGAGACCGGUGGGGCGUCAGGUGCUGCUGUCCGGACUCGGUGUUGCCUAUUAGGCGGAAUUCCGGCUCGGGUAAGAGCGCGGACAAGUGUGAGGAGUGGCGGAUCGAUCCACGGAGUACUAACCGCGUUCUUCUUCAUGGCUCCCCUGCAAUGACUUUUGCUUCUCCUCAAUCUCGUUUUGUUUCAAAAACGGAAAAGUUCUCCCCCCGGUGUGCACCUCGGAAUUCUGGCCCUCAAUCUCGAGAUUGUCCACCAAAACGAGAUACAGGUAUUGCAAAUGAGAAAGAUUGGGGCAUCACUUUGUUAAAUGAAAAUAUCAAGGAAUCUGGCACUAAUGAAGAUAGUAGUACUUGGUUUCGUGAAAGUGGGGAAGACGUAGGAGAAAAUGGUUACAGAUGCAGAUGGGCAAGGAUGGGUGGUAGGAACCAUGAUAACACGUCUGAGUGGAAAGAAACGUGGUGGGAGAAAAGUGAUUGGAGUGGAUAUAAAGAGCUAGGUGUAGAGAAAUCCGGGAAAAAUUCUGAAGGGGAUACAUGGUGGGAAACUUGGCGUGAAGUUCUACACCAAGAUGAGUGGAGCAAUCUAGCUAGGAUAGAGAGGAGUGCACAAAAACAAGCAAAGUCGGGGACAGAAAAUGCUGGAUGGUAUGAAAAUUGGUGGGAAAAAUAUGAUGCUAAGGGUUGGACAGAGAAAGGUGCACAUAAGUAUGGUAGAUUAAAUGAACAAUCAUGGUGGGAGAAGUGGGGGGAGCAUUAUGAUGGAAGAGGAUCUGUUCUCAAAUGGACAGAUAAGUGGGCAGAGACCGCUCUGGGAACAAAAUGGGGUGAUAAAUGGGAAGAGAAGUUCUUUGCAGGCAUUGGGUCACGGCAGGGAGAAACUUGGCAUGUAUCACCAAGUGGUGACCGGUGGUCAAGAACAUGGGGAGAGGAACACUUUGGGAAUGGUAAAGUACACAAAUAUGGAAAGAGCACGACGGGUGAAAGUUGGGACAUAGUUGUAGAUGAAGAAACUUAUUAUGAGGCGGAGCCACAUUACGGAUGGGCAGAUGUGGUUGGUGACUCAAACCAAUUACUGUCCAUCCAGCCCCGAGAAAGGCCGCCUGGUGUUUUUCCAAGUAUGGAUUUUGGCCCAACAUCACCACAUCAUUCUUCACCACAGCUCAACGAUGAAUUGCCUCCCUCUUCAUCAUAGUCAACUGGCCAAAAUCAAUAUAAAACGGCUUCCGUUAGGCUCUCUGCAGUGGUUCUAGCAUAUUUGUUUGUGAUUCAUUUAUGCUCCAGUGUAACAGAAUGUGUUUAUCUGCUAUUCAUUAAUUUCAUUCUUUCAAGAUUUUGGUUUCUGUUAAGUUAUUUAUUGGGAUAUUGUCAGAGACAUGGGUGGGCACCCUUCCUAGAUUCAGUUGAAGGAUACACUAGGGCACUAGGCACCUCUGCCUUUCUGACUUGUAUUCGUUUUUCUCAUGUGUGGCUCUGAUUUUUAUGACAUUGUAUGCCAAGCUCAGAAGCCAACAAUAAUAAGUAUGAUAAGAUCAAAUUUGUUUUUCACUUUUGCCUUCCGAAAAU